AUGGCAAACAUUUCCAACAUUUCGAACUUGGCCAUCGAUAAUAUGGUGGAUGCUAAGUUUAACGCAAUCACACCUAAAAUUGAAAAAUGUUUUGAGAUAGUGGAUGAUGGAUAUAUUAAACUAUUGAAUGAAUUGAUUAACUUGAACAUCAAAAGUGAUCAGCUGAAUGGAAAAUUUGAUGAGGUGGAUGCUAAAAUUGAUAACUUGCAGCACAAAAGUGAAGAGAUGGAUGCAAAAUUUGAUAAGAUGGAUGUUAAAAUUGAUCAUGUGCAUGCUGAUUUGUCCACCAAGAUUGAUAAUCUGCAUGCUGAUUUGAACACCAAGAUUGAUAAUCUGCAUGCUGAUUUGAACACCAAGAUUGAUAAUCUGCAUGCUGAUUUGUCCACCAAGAUUGAUAAUCUGCAUGCUGAUUUGAACACCGUGAUGCAUGAAAACUUCAACGCCCUUUAUAAGUUAAAUGAGCAAAGCUUUUUGGCGCUCAGAGACAUAUUGCAAGAAAAGAAUAUGCAAGACGAAUACAAAUUCAGCAGACUAAGAAACGUUCAAAAAAGAUUUGCUGGCUUGAGAGCAGAAGCGGUACCUUUUUUGAAAACACCAAUACUUACACAUAACGAGAGAUCAAGUUUACCUUCGAUCAACUCAGUGGAAGAAAUUGAUAGAUUAAGCAAGAAACAGUGUGAGCAAUACCUAGAGUUAUACCGUAUUUUCUCUGUAGGAGAAGGAGCGUCUGGUAUGAAAUCUAAAUUACGUGAGGCAGUUGGGCUAGAAAAUACCCACGAUAUUGGGUAUGCCUUUUGUGAUUUCAAAGAGUAUGGUAUAGGCCUGAACUAA